AUGGAGGGCAUCUUAUACGUACCACCAGAUCGGGGCACGAUUAUUGGACGGGCAGUCUGGAAGCAACGAUACGUCGUCGUUGGAAGCCCCCAGCGAGAUGUUUACCAACCGAAUCUCAGCCUCUCACAAGUGCUCUCGACAAGUCGGAUCAAGGAGUCCAAGGGCCGAGACUCAAAACCCCAAAAUAAACCACCACCAGAUGCCGUCUAUCUUUCAAUCUAUAAGUCAAAGGACGAUUGGGAACCUGUUCAACAACACUCAAUGGCUUCCAUUACAGAGUGCCAUGUGCAGAUGAUAGCACAUCGCAAGCAGGGCCCAGUCCUGCCGACAUUGAUCAUUCAAGUUUCCCCGGAUCCAGCGACGGAUAAGCUACGAAAACGAAGAUCGAGUCGGACGGCCGGGUUGACGACGACAAAGGAUUCUGGGCCUAUCACAUUAUGGUUUCGUACUGGCGACGACCACCAGUAUACGUUGCAGGAUUGGGCUCGUUAUAUAUGCUCCAUGAUACAGCCCGGGAUCCCAGACACGCUUCCAAUGAGCCCCAUUUCGCCGACAUCUCCGACAUUUGUCAACCCAUUCUCCCCUCGUGAGCGGAAGGCGCAGGACAACUUCCAACGACCGUCAAGUGGAAAUGCUGAAAAUCGGCGUUCGGCGAGCCAAAAAAUGGGAAAGAAUGGCCGUGAACGGCCAAAGACGUUUACAUCCGAGUCGAUGAGCUUGCGGUCGCGAAAAAGUGAUGUUUCUUCGUCACAAGCUAGUUCCACGAACCCCCCUGUGGGGAAUUACAUGAUGAAUGGUCAGCAUUACACAACAGUCCUGCCCACGGAUCUUCCCUCGCCCGCUACUACGGUCAACGAGUACCAAGGCGAAUAUAUGCUUGGCUGGACUUCGGCACAGGGACGGUCUUCAACAUUGAACUCGCCCAUAAGAACAAGGGAAAGUGUUGGUGCUCAAGGCCCGGCCCAACUUUUUCUCGAGUCUGGCUCUUCCCCGGCACCACGGGAGACGAUCCUGGAUAGAGCAUUCCAGUUGAGAUGCAUACCUGGCUCGGACCGGGAAGUGCCUGGGGAAGAAAAACUGAGCUCGCUCGCUCGAUUCGAUGCCUUGAUGCGCGAGACCGAGGAACGCCGCAUGCAAGAGAGGCAAGAGACCGUUGUGCAUGCAAUGACUACAUGGGAUGAGGAUGUGUACUCGCAGGAAGACGAUUUUGAUGAGGAAGUGGACGACGAUACCGACGACGACGCAUUUGAGCAGGAUGUAUCAGAGGGCCGGUCCAGGAAGGCACUGCCUUUCGUCUCGAAUCGACACAGCUCACACACAGGCAAAACCUCUAUGAACUACCACACCGAUGCGUACCAGUUGAACGGCGCGCCUGGAACCCCACGACCUCAUACCGCUCACUCGAAGAUGAGGCCAAGUACACAGCGCACCAGUAGCCAACAGCACUUCAGCCUACCGUCUUCGGAAACGGUGUCCUCCAACAGCAAAGGAUCCGAAGAAAGCACCAUGCUACGACCACAUCAUGAGAAACGACACUCGACAUCCAGCGUCAAGAGACUCAGCUUCAACGAAUUCACCAAGCGACUAAGCAGCACAAGCAGCUUGCUGCUUGUGCAAACAAAUGCCAGCGCCACCAGCACCGGCAGCGGUGAGAUCGAGAUGGCUCAGCAAACUGCUUUGAGAAGCGCGAAUCUGCGAUCCACAUCGAAGCUCUCUCACGAUGCUGACCACGAGGACUCCUGUGCCUGGCGAGGAAGUGUGGGUGUCUUCGGGGGUGGCAGUGGCUUCAUAUGA